UUUACGUUUUGUUUCACUGCUACAUAACACAUUCAUUACAUGGUGUCACGAAAUCGCGGUAACUAAUAAAACGAAUCCUGGCUUGCUAAUUUUAGUCCGCUUUACUUGACUUAGCUCGAGUUGUGUAGUUAAAUGUAGCCAUACUGUUCUCUUAAGCGUUUACUAAAGACUUGCAAAGCUUUAACAGAAAAGGUACAUUAGUUACAACCGAAUUGAUCUUUUUUUAUCAACGUCAAACAUAUAGCGCUAACACUAAUGCGUACGUUAACUAUCGUGUCCAUUGUUCAGAGGCCUGCUGUAAUCUAGCAAAGGUGCGUGUGUUUCCGACAUCUUGCUUUUAAGUCCAAGUACAACGUACCAGUGUUGUGGUAAGAGAUUGCAUUUGGUGUAAUUCACAAAUUUGACUUGAAUCUGCAUUUUAUUUUGACUCUGUGCUAUGACUUCUAAUUACCGUUAUACUUCCAUUCUGGUAUAGUUGUCUUGUUUUUGUUCUGUGCUUAUAUUGGGAAUUUUACAAGGUGACCAUUUUCUUAUUUAAUUCUAUCAAAGCUUUGAUGAUCUUCAUUUCAAAAAAAUAUUUUUUUUCUUCUGGUUAAAAUUGAAAUGUGGCUGGUUUCUCCCCUGUGCUCUCAACGUGCCAUGGGAGCCCCCACUUACAGUAAACUAGAGAGAUGUUUCACGUCUACACUGUGUGCACAAUUAUUAGGCAGUGAGUAUUUUGACCAUAUCAUCAUUUUUAUGCAUAUUUUCCAACUUCAAGCUGUACAAACUUGAGUGCUUAUUGGAUUUGAGCAUAUCAGAUGAUGUGUAUUUGUGUAAUGAGGGAGGGUGUGGCCUAAGGAGAUCAACACCCUAUAUCACGGUGUGCAUAAUUAUUAGGCAGAUUCUUGGCUGGAUCAGUAAUGGGCACAAAGCUCCACUUCCCGAUUCAGACGCCAGCAAGGUGAAGGUGGGGUUCUGGUAUGGGCUGGUAUCAUUAAAGAUGAGCUAGUUGGACCUUUUCGGUUUGAAUAUGGACUUAAAAUCAACCCCCAGAACUACUGCCAGUUUUUAGAGGACACUUUCUUCAAGCAGUGGUACAGAAAAAAGCCUGUAUCUUUCAAGAAGACCAUGAUUGUUAUGCAGGACAAUGCUCCAUCACAUGCAUCAAAGUACUCCACUGCAUGGCUUGCCAGUAAAGAGGCCUUAAAGAUGACAGGAAAAUGACAUGGCCCCCUUCCUCACCUGACUUAAACCCUAUUGAGAACUUGUGGGCUCUUCUUAAACGGGAGAUUUACCAUGAAGGAAAACAGUACACCUCUCUGACCAGUGUCUGGGAGGCUGUGGUGGCUGCUGCACAAAAAGUUGAUUGUCAACAGAUAAGGAAAUUGACAGACUCCAUGGAUGGAAGGCUUGUGACGGUUAUUGAAGAGAAGGGUGGCUAUAUUGGUCACUGAUUAUUUUAUUUUUUUUGUGGAAAUGUUUAUUUGUAAAUUUUAAGUUGUUUGUUCAUUAUUUUCACUUUAACAGAUGAAAAUAAACUAGUGAGAUGGGAAAAUAUUCGUUUUUCAUUUAGUUGCCUAAUAAUUCUGCUCACCAAUAUUUGCCAAAUAAUUGUGCACACUGAGAUAUAUUCUCUUAAGAAAGACAAAACCUGAAUUUUACUUUCUUAAAUAUUCAGGUUUGAGCUUUAUUAACAUUUUGGAUUGAGCGAGAGCGCUGUAGUUAAAAAAUAAAAUCAAUCGUCAAAAAUACAACUUGCCUAAUAAUUGUGCACACAGUGUAGUGUCGUGAACACGACUAUUGGCAGUUCUGAAUUGGAAACUCAGAAGUAUAGAAUGUGGAUUUUAUGUUAUAAACUGCGUCAAUAUUGGAGCCCUCUGUUGGCCCCAUAUUCUGUUUUUAUUCAAGUUAUGUCUUCUACAGGGUCCUAUGUUAAGAGCAUGUCAUAUCAAGUUCUGGUAUUUAUCUCAUGAUAGUCUUUUCAUCUUCGUUGAAAUUGCAGACUGUUUAGUAUUUAUGCACCUAUGCCUGUCCUUUCAAUAACCAUUCUCAGUUUUCGGGGAGUAUUUUGUUUUGAUCAAUUUAUAGGUCUAAAACCAGCAUCAUGGCCCUUUUGGGGGAUCCCUGGAUAUGGAUAGCUAGCAAGAACCAUUCCUUGAAGAUUUUUUUUCCUCAGCUCUUGUAAUCGGCAGCUGAAAUUACUAGAAGCCCGAAUUUUUACCCAGUUUUUCUUUCGACUUCAACCAAUGCCACCAAGUUUGCAACAUCCCCUCUUGCCUCAAUCGCCAAGAGGACACUGAAGAUUUUUCUCCACCCAACAGUCUGUUUGUCUUUUUUUUCCCCUUACCACUUCCAGUAUUCUUGGAUCCCAUUCAGAGAAGAGUUUUUUUUUUCCUUCCCUGGCUGUUUUGUUCCACACAUUUAUUUCUCCUAUUAGUUCUGGCCAUUAAUAAAAAAUAAUAAAAAAUGAAGGCCCCAAAGGACACUGUUGCACCACCCUUCGGUAAUGUUUAGCAGUCUAAUGGAGAUAAGUGUCUCGGAGGGUCUCAGAGAAGAGAUGUGUCUCUGGCCCACCCAUCCCCUUUCCCUCUUUUCUCAUGGAUCAAGUGUUCCUUCAGGACAUUUCUCCACGGGCUCACCCUAUCAGAAGUGCACCCAGAAGGGAGAGAUCUUCUCAGCUACCUCAGAGAGAGUCCUGUUGGCCCUGAAGAAGACCACCCCUUACCCAAAAGAUCACAACCACAUCACCUCUGACUCUCAGGAAGUGGACCAGCGUAAACAUGAGUAAACAUGGAGUUGACUGCUACUUCUACUACUACUCCACCUGCGCCAAAGGAGACAGCUGUCCAUUCAGACACUGUGAGGCAGCAAUGGGCAAUGAGACAGUCUGUAGCCUCUGGCAGGAGGGGCGCUGCCACCGCACAGUCUGCAAAUUCCGCCACAUGGAAAUCAAGAAAAACAGGAAGGAGAUACCAUGUUAUUGGGAGAACCAGCCAGCUGGUUGUCAGAAGCCCCACUGUGUUUUCUACCAUGAGAAACCCCGCUACAUUGAUGGCAUCUAUGUGCCGCCCAGUAAAGGUAUCACCAAACAUGAGGACACACCCCAUGAAGAGCCAGCCCCUCCUCUAACUACACCUCAUCCUGCUGCAACCAAUCCCCAGCUUAGAGGGGUCAUCAAAGCAGAAACCCAGGAAACUGUACCGAGUCCCACCCAUCCACCAGUGGUAAUCAACCCGGCAGAUGAUGACGAGGAUGAAGAUGAUCAGUUCUCAGAAGAGGGAGAAGAUGGCAAGAUGGGUCUAGAUGGAGCCAGGCUGACCUCUCCUAGGAAAGUGACAGGAAGUCCUAAACGAGAUGAUUCACUGAACUUUGGAGUCAGUACCCUUGAGGAGAUCCGGCUAAGGAAGGCCUUGAAGGCUAGCAUGAAGAGAGCAGGUUAUCCUGUUCAGAGUUCUGAUGCUCCUCUCCUAAAGAACAACAAAGCUAACAGAGAAAAAGAGAACAUUGGCUCCUUUCCUCAGCCAGUAAUCUCCCAAGCCAGAGAUGAUGUCCAAACUGGAUGCGACCCUCAACUCAGACGUAGUCUGGCUGAGCGUCUUGGUGGAAUUUUGGAUGAGGAAGACUCAAGAGUGACCCCUCAAAAAGCUUUAAAGCCUGUCAGAGAUAGACUUGGUUUGUCAACCGAGUCUGUUGCUCCAACGCAAUCAGCCCCCUCAAUACCCGACACCGUUGAAGAGAUUAAAAAGGCUCCUGAGCAUCUCCACAUCAAAACCCUGGAAGAGAUUAGACAGGAAAAGGCAGCAAAGACUGAGAAACAGAAAGACAGCUCUUCUGUUCCAGCUCCAGUUUCCACAACCACCGAAACGGUCACCUCUAAACCCACCAAGGGGGCCAAGAGAACUAUCACUGUCAAAACUACUUCCAUUUCCCAAGUCAAGACUUUCUCUGAGAUUCUCCAUGAAAAAAAGAAGCAGCAGCAAGAUCAACAGAUUGCAAAUAAAAACCCAGGCAAAGAUCAGAACCCUGCAGAUGCCACAGUGCCGAGCCGAGUGAUUCCGCCUGAGACUGAAGUGCGGGUUAAGACACUGGAAGAGAUCCUAAGAGAGAAGGCAGCCAGGAGUCAAGCUCUGCAGCCCCAGGAAACAAACGAUGUGAAGAGCUCUGUCAGCGAAGACAUGCUGUCUAAGAAGCCCAGGCUGCUACGCGUCAAUAAAGCUGCUUCUGUUGUCAGCAUCACAACACAGAAGACGGAAGAUGUGACAGACAUGCCAGUUGACACUCCCACAUGUGCUGAGGAUAGUCCUGCCUCCAACAAUGGCAUCAAGGUCAAGACUUUUGAGGAGAUAAUGCGUGAGAAACGGCUCCGCAAGCAGGAAAUGGAAGAGCAGGCCUCCUCUACCAGCCAGUCUCAAGUUUCUGCUGAAUUAGAGCCUUCUCUGAAACAGCCGGCUAGUUCUGCCCUCAGGAGGAAGGUUCCUGUCAGAGCCAGAGUGUCACCACCAGCUAUCAGCCCAGCCUCUGAUGUCACAACUCUGACUCAAGAGACCCCUGCUGACAAACAAAUAAGCCUCAAACCUAAGGCUGUCUCACCUUUACACAACACUGCUAAUACCAUUACAGCCUCAUACACCACCUCGACCCAGAAGCAGGCAUCUCUACUACAACAGACAGAGGUACAAACCCCCUCACAGAGCCGCAUCAGCUCCAUUGUAUCCCCAGGCAAGAGGAAGAGGAGCUCCCCAAACACACCAGCCAAGCAGACAAAAAUAAUUGCUCCAAGCUCCUCUGAAGAAGAACAUCCUGCUGACAAGACACAAAAUAAUUCUCUGAAAAAAUGCCCUGGGCAAACAACAGAACCCAAAGUGAGACCUAGAUUGAAUGUGAAGCCCUCUGUUAUAAAGCCAGCAAUGCAAGUGAAGCCAGGUCAGAAAACUAAGACAGAAGAGCGAUCUGCUGUUGCUGCAGUGAAACCUUUAAACAGUGCCUCCACAGUGCUGGAUGAACCACUGCAGAAGAUGCCCUGCGGACAGAGUGGGAUAUCCUCCAGUGUAGAGGACCAACUUAUCCUCACAGUUCCCAGCAGUCCUACAGCUAGCACCCUGACAGAGGAGCUCCAGACAGUCCCUGUUUUCCAGCAGAGCCCUGUCCAAACACUGCCUGCCAUCACUACCACUCCUGCUGCAGCCAGGGAGACUUCCAUUAUCCCUCAAAGUCCCAUAUUGAAGACUCCCACCCAGGGCAAGUCACGGAGGCCUAGCUUGGCCACAUCUCGUGGACCUUUUUCCACCUGUUCUGCUACCUCCUCUGCUUCGGCUGUGGAUGACUUUGAUGAACUGAUGAAUGAAUUCACAGAUGACCAUUUGGAGGAAGACGUAGACCCUGGCAUGGGAGAAGAUGACCUGCUGCAGGAGUUGUCAGAGAUGAUUGACAGCUAAUGGACCCGACAAGCAGAUAAUUUAUUUUCUUAUUUUGUCAUGAAAUGCAGUAACCUCCCUAAAAACUGUUAUUAAAUAAUGGCUGUCAUCCACUGACCACUGGUCGCUACGGAGGAUUUUAUUGCAUUUAUUAAAGGAGCCCCUUUUCUUUAUCUGUCAAAUAAGGAUUCACAAAAACUACAAACCUUGGUUGCAAAGUUUUAUGUUUAUAAGGUUGUCUUAGUAUUUAGAUUGUCUUCUCUUUUAAACAAUCCAGUUGUUUUUGUUAAUUUCUUCCCACAACUUGAUGAGCCAAGAAAUGCCCUACAUUGUGUAGGUUUUAAUGUUUGCAAUUUUAUGGCCUUUUAUUUCUCAGAAUAUAAAUUGGCUAUAAUUUGUCUUGGGGAUAUUGUAAAGAAUAAUCUCAGGUAAAUUUCGAGACAGGACUCUUGGGAGUCCCUCUGUAUUGCCUACUUACAUCGCCCAGCAAUACUUAACUGUUACUGAGAGAAGUCAAAUCUGUAUACUGUGUAUGCAACAUGAGUAAAUUGAUAAAGGAAUUGUUGAACAAACAGGUCUAGCAAGCACUUACACCAGCUUGAUCCCCAACCUCCUUAUGUCUCUUAAUUUUACAUCCGACUAGACCUGCUAACUAUUGGGAAAUUAGUGCAAUGUUGUUUUUUGCCCUUUUUCCAAGAGUAUGAAAAAAGAAAUUCAAGACUUUUUGGUAACCCACAGAGAAUUAAAAGUCAAACUGGGUAGAAAAGAAUACUGACUAUGUAAUGUGACACGGUUUCAUUUUUAUUUCCUUUUCUAUGCUCGUUUGAUAAUGUAUACUCAUUCUGCAUAACCUGCCUACUCCUUUGAUUUAUCUAAAUUGGUCUUAAAAUAUUAAUGAUUGGGGUUCCCCGGUGGCUCACCUGGUAUAGUGCAUACUACAUAAGUCUGAGUCCUUAACGCAGUUUGAAUCUGGCCCGGGACCUUUGCUGCAUGUCAUCCCCUCUCCUUCCUUUAACCAUUGCUAUCAAAUAAAGGUGGAAAAUGGUUAAAAAAAAAUAUCUUAAAAUGUUCAUGUUUGACUUAGGCAAAGUUUUUACAACUUGUAAAUCACUGCAUUUUGGGAUACUUUUUGUAAAUAUGGGUCUCAGUCUGACAAUAUGAAACGACUCAGGGACUGUUUCUGUCGUUUGAUUUCUUUGUUCUGGUCAUGUGCAACUCCUUUCAUUUCAUUUCAGUGGUUUGUUUUAUUGCAUAUGUAAGACCUCUGUCAUGUGUCUCUGAGUUCACAUUAUCUGAUAGCUGCCAGUCUGUUAUGACAAAUCUUCAACUUGUUGGUUGAUGUUUAUACAUGUUUUGCACCUAUUCCAACCCUUUCCACGAUGCUACUCUCAAUAUUGACUUGUAAGUUGCAAAAUGUCAAU